AUGGGCACCCACGGGCCCUACACUCUGAUAGACACCACCCCCGCCAAGACGAUCCUGGUGUACCGCAACGGGGACCAGUUUUACGUGGGCAAGAAGUUUGUCUGCAACCGGCGGCGGAUGGCGUCCUUCGAAGUCUUCUUGAACCAGCUGAACGAGGAGAUCGAGGUGCCCUUCGGCGUGCGGCGGCUCUACACGCCCACGCAGGGGCACCAGGUCCAGGAGCUGGACGGUCUGCAGCAAGGGGGCAAAUACGUGGCCGCCGGCAGAGAGCGGUUCAAGAAGCUAGAUUAUUUUCACAUAGUUCCCAGAAAACCUGGAAAGAUGAGAAAGUACAAGGAAAUCAAACCAGUGGUGCAUUGUGAAAUAAAUGUGCCUUCCAGGUGGCACACAUUUCAUCGCACAUCCCGAUACAUAAAUGUUUUCACAAAUGGAAGAUUAUUUAUUCCACCUGUAAAAAUUAUUAUACCCAAAUUCACUCUCUCAGAUUGGAGUAACGUGCUGGCCGUGAUUGGAGAAAAAGUCUUCCCUCUAGGAGGUGUUCGAAAAUUAUUUACAAUGGAUGGACACCUUUUGGACAACACAAAGGAUUUGCAAGACAAUCAUUUUUAUGUUGCUGCAGGACUGGAAACCUUUAAAUAUUUUCCUUAUUGGAAAUCCUCCAAGGUUCCCAGUGAGAUCCAACAAAAGUAUGCAGACAUGGAAAAAUACUCAAGAAAAAAGAAAAAAGAGAAUGUCAAAGGCAAAGAACCUCCUAAGAAUGAAGAUGUGACACCUCAAGCACAGGAUUCUGUUUAUUACGCCAAAGGACGAAAGAAAGUUCCUCUGGUGGAAACUUUAACGCCAAGUGGUGCAGAAGGUGAUGUGUAUAAAGCACGGACUCCUAACACAGAAACCCAAGUGGCACCAGAAGUAAAAGAGGACCAAGAUGUGAAAGUGGACGUGCCUAUCGAUCAGAUACCAGCUGAGGUAGUUAAAGAAGAUGAAGAGAUAUACGAUACCCCUAAUUUUGAAGGUGACAAGGUUCCAAGCUUCUGA